GGGAGAGCAAAAAGCCACCGAUGAUACAGAUAUGACAUCUCUUCCUAGCAUUGAUUUCCUACGCAAUAGGAGUGAUCUCACCAAAGAGAAUAUUACGGAUAUAAACAAACGAAGCAACAAUGUACAGUCCAUUCAAAACAAUACAACCGUGUCGAAGCGUACUUCUACCGUUUUUGGUAGGGUGUCUAAAUUCCGCCACUUAAAAGGUACUCCAGGACAGAGAGGAACCAAUAUUGAAAACAUACGAAAUCUAAGUCGACAAAUUCCGGGAGAAUGCGAUGGAUUUCAUGCAAAUGCUGAACGCGUUGCAGUGCCCAUAGCAGGUGCUGGUGGGAAGAUUGCUGUGCUAGAGUUGAAUAAACCUGGACGUCUUCCGGAUGGAGUAAUGGCGACGCUGGUUAACAAACAAAAUAUAAUGGAUUUUCAAUGGGAUCCAUUUGAUGCGAAAAGAUUGGCUGUUGCGUGCGAUGAUGGGUCUGUGAAACUUUGGUUGAUCCCAGAUGGCGGACUGAUUGAGCCAACCAAUGAACCAGCUGCAGAAUUAGUUGCGCAUACGGAUAAAAUUAAUAUUAUUCGUUUUCAUCCCCUUGCCAAAAACGUGCUUCUUACAGCAAGCAGUGAUUUGUACAUGAAAAUAUGGGAUUUAACUGAUAUGGUAGAGAAAUAUUGUCUCCGAGGUCAUACAGAUCAAAUUCUGUGUUUCUCUUGGAGCCUGUGUGGGAAGUACGGUGCUACUGUCGCUAAAGAUACACGCAUUCGAAUAUUUGAGCCACGAAAGACUGAGCAACCAAUCAGAGAAGGUACGGGACCAGUCGGUACACGAGGAGCCCGUAUCGUAUGGGCACUAGAAGGCGAAUAUUUGGUGGUAACUGGAUUUGACAAAGUCUCGGAACGACAGAUUUAUGUGUAUAAAGCCACAGACCUUAACAUUCCGGUGGGCAUGGUGGGCUUAGACGUUUCGCCUGCUAUUUUAAUGCCUUUUUAUGACGAAGACAGCUCCACUUUAUUUGCUACUGGAAAGGGUGAUGUUCGAAUUUAUUGUUUUGAAAUAACAGAUGAGACACCAUUCAUCUGUCACUUAUCGCAUCACCGUUGUGCAUCAAUGACUCAAGGAUUAAGUUUUUUGACAAAGAAUAACUGCGACGUGGCUUCAGUUGAGUUUGCAAAAGCGCAACGGCUUACUAAUGGCACAGUAGAAGCACUAAGCUUUACAGUACCCCGUAUUAAAUCGGAUCUGUUCCAAGAUGAUCUAUUCCCGCCCACCAAGGUGCUGUGGGAAGCGACUCUCACAGCAGACGAAUGGUUUGCCGGUAAAGAUGUUGAACCAGUUCGAAAAAAUCUUCAACCAGCUGGGAUGGAUGCAUUGUCAUCGAUCAACAACCCAACUGCUCAGAAUUUGAAGAAAAAUGAGCCAUCCGAAACAUCGUGUGGUUAUUCAAAAUCGCCUAUAAAGUCUGCAGAACAAGUUAAAGAGGAGAUAAAAAUCGCCGUGAGUGCACGAAUGUCGGUGAAUAAAACUCUCGAACAAGACAGCAUGGAAGGCGUAGAUGAAAAAGAGUGGGAAGAGUAACUAAAAGAAACAUUAUAAACUUUUCAUAAUUAUCAUUUCAAAGCUUGUAACAUUCAUAACACUUUACAAUAUGCAUUUAAUUGUCUUCUGAGCAAAAUGCUACCUCAACCUGCCGAUGCAAGCCGUAGCCCUGCUACCUCCCAACAUAACGUACACCGAGUUAACUGUAUGCAAGUGUAAUAUGUGCUUAAGAUCAAUCCAAAUUUCAGAUAUCGAUAUCGAUGUUUAAUAAAGAUAUCAGCGUUGAUAAAACUUUACAUUAACGAAAUGCACGGCAGGUUGCUUCACAUGGUAUGAAUCAGAUAAGCAGAUGCAGAAGAAAAAAACAUUUUUACUAUUCCGCAAAAUGACAUUCAAAACUAUUAUAACAAGUAGACUGACUCCUGAUGCUGUAAGUGUGGGAACAUAAAACAUCUGCCAAGAAAUGAGAAGAGGCAUUUUUCUUUCAUAAUCGCAUUCAUUUCUGCCAGGAUUGCUUACUGUAGACAAUUUUACACACUAGACCUAUUUAACUUAAUGUAUGAAUCAAUUUUAUGAAAAAUAUGACGCUAUUUCACACAAUUAUAUAAUAACAUAAAUAUUCGCAGGAGAAAAUAGAGGACCCCGCGACAAUAUGAACCCAAAAAUAUCGCUUUUGAAAAUUUUAAAUCAGUUCAUGCUAUGAUAAAAUAAAAUCUAGUCAAAAUGACUCUUCAAUUCUUCAAGAUACUCGUGCGUUCAAACGAUAAGAUUCCAACGUAGAAAAAAGGAAGCAAUAGUACCAGAAACUUAACUCCAUGAAAUUCGAAAGUGAUAAAGCGUUCUGUUAGCGUGUACUUGAAAAAAAAAACACUAAAGAGUUUGUCAUUUGACGAAUCCUGAUCCUGAACUCAACAGCGCCUCUAGCUCUUUGAACGAGGUUAUUAAAAUACCUAUGUUUUUUUAAUCAGUGCCAUUAGUCGAAUGGAGGUUUCAUUUUUAUGAAUGUAUCUAUUAUUUUACGUAUCGUAAGUUAAGCUUUACUAUGGUUUGCCUGGACGAAUAGAAUCGCUUUUUGAAUAAAGCAAAUGUAUCACGUGUCUAUGAUUCUGUCAUAUUGUUUGUCUGUCUACACUCAAUGGCCAGUAUAUCAAGUCUUACAUAUUAUAGAAAUAAUUAAAAUAUAGAUAGAAUACGUAAUACUGUGAACAUUCUAUUUUGCACGAAUAUAUGAGGAAAGAUUUUUUCACUAUUUUACUUCGUAUGCCCUUGCAAAAGAGCGUAAUACAGUGAUAGCAAACGCCAGCAGAACGAUGACUUAAUAAUUUGAAAACUCGCUUUUUACAUUUUAUGACAACUUUACAUUUUCAUGCGUUUCAUUGUCAAAUGAUAUGAAUUCGAAAAGGAAAAAAUACAACGGAUGUUUCUAAAAGCGGAAAACCAUAGAUACAUCAAUAAAUAUAUGAUUCAUACUAACCAUUGA